GGACGCAUCAUGCCUACAGUGUGGACUCUGCUGCUGAUCUGCAUCUCUGUUUACUUAUGUAUACCACUGGGGUCUUAUGGAGCAUUAGUAGUCUCAAGAGACAAUGAGCAACAGGUAUGUAAGUUAUUUAGUAAACGAAGUGUAAACCCUUCUCAAAUAGAGUUUCAGAAUGUGAAGAUAGACUGCAAGGUGGCGUCUCGAUUUGCCCACACGAUCAUGACAUCCACGGCUCUGAACAAGGCCAACGUCUCACAGGAAGUCUCUUUCGAGGUGGAGUUACCCAAGACGGCCUUCAUCUCCAACUUCAGCAUGGAGAUUGAUGGAAAGGUAUAUGUAGGAGAGGUUAAAGAGAAGGAAAAGGCCAAAAAGCAGUAUGAGGUGGCUGUUUCAUCUGGACAGACAGCUGGCCUGGUCAAAGCUUCAGGUAGAAAGAUGGAGAAGUUUUCUGUCUCUGUGAACAUUGCAGCCAACAGCAAGGUCACAUUUACACUUACGUAUGAGGAACUCCUUCAGCGUCGGCUUGGGAAAUAUGAGCUCAUGAUUCGAGUCAAACCCAAGCAGCUGGUCCAACACUUUGAGAUUGUUGCUGCUGUCUAUGAGCCUCAGGGCAUUGAGUUUCUGGAUGCCCAUGGUACAUUCUUUACCAAUGAGCUACUUCCCCUGGUGGAGAAAACAGUCAGUGACAAAAAGGCCCAUGUGUUGUUUUCUCCAACUCUUGAUCAGCAAAGAAAAUGCUCAGACUGUGAGGGUACGCUGAUAGAUGGAGAUUUCUUCAUCAACUAUGAUGUCAAGCGUUCACAGGAUCUUGAUAUGCAGAUAGUGAAUGGGUAUUUUGUACACUUCUUUGCCCCACCUAACUUGCCACGAUUGCCCAAGAAUGUUGUGUUUGUGAUAGACAAGAGCACCUCCAUGUUGGGAGAAAAAAUGCAACAGACUCGAGACGCGAUGCAGACCAUCCUAAGUGACCUGCAUGAGGAAGAUCACUUCGCCCUGGUAACUUUUUCAACUGAUGCCGACACAUGGAAACCAACACUAACCAAAGCCACAGAAGAAAAUGUUAAUGAAGCAAAAACGUUUGCUAAAAACAUAUAUGCAUCUGGCUGGACAAAUAUUAAUGCAGCUGUUUUGCGUGCUGCGGACCUGCUGAAAACAGCCAGGGCAAACAAAGUUGUUCCAGAAAACAGUGCAUCCAUGAUCAUCCUACUGACUGAUGGAGACCCAACUAAAGGUGAAACAAGCCUAGAAAAGAUACAAGAAAAUGUCAAAAAUGCUAUCGGUGGAGAGGCGACCCUCUUUUGCCUGGGCUUUGGCUUUGAUGUAAAAUACAGUUUCCUGGAUGUUUUGGCGAAGGAGAAUAACGGUCUGGCUCGGAGAAUCUACGAGGCAUCUGAUGCCGUGCUUCAGCUAAAGGGAUUUUACAAUGAGGUUGCAAACGUUCUCCUGUCAGAUGUACACUUCCAAUAUCCAGACAGCAAGGUAAACUCUGUGACCGGCAGCACAUUUAAGCAGCUCUUUAACGGCUCUGAGAUUGUCGUGUCGGGUCGAAUGAAUGACAUCGAGAUGAACGACUUCCCAGUCGAAGUGUCUGCUCAGUCGUUAGAUACCGAGUUUGUGCUAAAAGGCCAGGCCAGUUCUAUGGACUGGAAUAUCAUCUUCCCUGAGCAGGAAUACAUCUUUGGGGAUUUCACUGAGCGUCUCUGGGCUUAUCUCACCAUCCAGAAUCUUUUGGACAAGAAGGACAAGGGUUCAGCUGAGGAGAAGCAGAAUGCUACAGCAGAAGCACUGGAGCUCUCUCUGAAAUACAACUUUGUCACGCCGCUCACCUCCAUGGUGGUGACCAAGCCUGAAACUGAAGAAAAGCCAGAGGGUACACUAAUUGCUGACAAGCUGACAGAAGGUAUGAUGCAAAUACAAGUUUCUGUAUAUAUAUUUUUUUCUUUUUCCCAUACUGGUUCUUCGCAUUUUUACAGUUAUCCGUCAUCUGUAAAUUGGGUUGAUUCAGAUCCACACUUCAUUAUUGAGUUCCCAGACCAAAAAGAUGCAAUCUGCUUCAACAUCAAUGACAAACCCGGCACUAUCUUCAACCUAGUCAAAGAUCCACUAACAGGUAUCAUUGUAAAUGGUCAAACCAUUGGGGAUAAGAAGAUAGACCCUAAGAAUAUGAUGAACACCUACUUUGGGCGCUUUGGAAUCAUUCAUGCUAAGCUUGGUAUCAGACUGAUGGUGACUACACAGGACAUCUUGGUGACUGAAAGGGGCAAACAGACAAAAUUCUACUGGUCUGAUAAUACAUCUGAGAAAGGGACCAACAUGGACCUGCAUAUAACCAAAGACCGCAGUCUUACAGUGACCUUGAGGAACUCAAUGAAAUUUGUUAUUGUUCUACACAAAGUGUGGAAGAAGCACCCAUACCACCAGGAUUAUUUGGGCUUUUACACCCUGGACAGCCACCUGUUUUCACAAAGAGUCCAUGGUCUACUUGGACAAUUUUUCCAUGGUAUAACAUUCGAAGUUAGUGAUGUCUUUCAAGGAGAAAACACAGACAAACCAGAUGCCCACAUGUUUGUAAAAGGCCACAAUCUUACAGUGACCAGGGGCUGGCAGAAGGACUACAGAAAGAAUGUGAAGGAAGGAGAAGAUGUGCCCUGUUGGUUCAUUCAUAAUAAUGGCACAGGGAUUAUUGAUGGAGACAUUGGAGACUAUAUUGUUUCUGGCCUCUUUAAGACAACCUAAGAAAAGAGACAUGGCUGCAGAGGACCUUGUUAGACUAAACAUGAUACAUUCAGUUAUUUUCUAAUUAAUCACUAAUUAAAUAUACCUUGACCUUGUAUCCCUUGAAAUUGUACUUUCUUGAUAGUAAACAACUCUGUCAACUGUGCAAACAGCUUGGGUUUAUCACAUGGACAUCAGACUUUGAGUUACAAUACCACAAACAAAUAGAAAACUUAAUCAGUGUAUGAUUGGCUAAAAUUGUGGCAUAAUUCAAGCACAAGAGAGAGAGAGUUUGAGCAAGUGAAAAAGACCAGUUUUGUACGCCAGGGAGAAAUUCGUGCACACAUUUUGCUAAAUAAAAUCUGAGCACACUGAAAACAGUUUUUCCACUCAGAAUUUUGGCACAAAAAUAAAGUCAUACCAAACACAUGCUUACUUAUGCACUGAGGUACUUGUGCUGGCAUGAAGCAACAAAAAGCAGCCAUGAUUUUUAGUAAACAAUCACUUAAAUGAAAAUGAAACACGACAAUAUGUGAGCCUACAACUUCAACAGUGGAAGGCAAGAGCUUUUUUUAUCAAAAGCCAUGAUAUCGCAUGUCAGUUGUCCUCCUUUAAAAUACUUUAUCCUUACUCAAAAGAACCUUGAUCAGGGUUGACCUUAGACCUGAAUUAUAGCAUUCAUGUACUGUAAGCGAUGGUGUUUAGUGAGCUGGUGUGCUGUUAAACCUGUUUCUGACAGUCACGGUUUGCGGCUAGGUUCUGAUUAGAAGUGUACCGUCAAAGAAAAUGUAGAUGUAAAAAAAAAUAAACACCUGGUAAAUAAAA